AGCGCUUUCUGCUGACAUCCAGACCCGUAGCACGCCCUUUGUCACACCAGCGAUCCUCGCGUCGUUCCUUUUCCCUUCAAGCACAGUCAGCAAAUCGCAGCCAUGUCGUGUAUGGGCUUGGACGUGGGCUACUUGUCCUCUGUCGUCGCCGUACCCAAGGGUGGCGGCAUCGAGGUGCUCCUCAACGACUACAGCAAGCGCCAGACCCCGUCAUGCAUUUCCUUUGGCGACAAGAUGCGUUCUCUCGGUGAAUCCGGCAAGCAGAGGGCUGUCACUGCCUUCAAGCACACCAUCACCUACUUCAAGCGCCUCAUUGGCCGCAAGUACGACGCACCAGACGUGCAGGAGGAGCUUGCGCACGUGUACUUUGGCCACUGUGCGCUGCCGGACGGCACCGUGGGCGUGAAGGUGCAGCACGCCGACGAGCAGCUUGUGCUGAGCGUUCCCCAGGUGCUCGCCAUGCUUCUGGGCCACCUGCGCACGUGCGCGGAGACCGCGCUCGAGACCAAGGUCGAGGACUGCGUUAUGGGCGUGCCCGUGUACUUCAACGACGCCCAGCGGCACGCCAUGCUCGAGGCGCUGCAGAUUGCGGACCUCAACUGCCUGCGCCUGCUGAAUGAGACGUCUGCGGUUGCCGUCAACUACGGCAUCUACAAGGGCGAUCUGCCCGAGCCGGGCGAGGCGCCGCGCCGCGUGGCGUUUUUCGACUUUGGGCACUCCAACCUGCAGAUGUCCCUGUGCGAGUUUGUCAAGGGCAAGGUGACCGUGGUGACGACGGCGGCGUGCCCGGUUGGCGGGCGGGACUUUGACCGCGCACUGCUCAAGGAGAUGGCCAAGCGCUUUGAGGAGAAGACCAAGCUCAACUUCCUCAGCAAGCCGCGCGCCGCCAUCCGCAUGGAGACCGAGUGCGAGAAGCUGAAGAAGAUGAUGAGCGCCAACGCCACGGACAUUCCCAUGAACGUGGAGUGCCUCAUGGAGGACCGCGACUUCAGCACCAAGAUGAACAGGGACGAGUUUGAGCAGCUGUGCGCCCCCGUCUUUGACAAGGUCCGUUCCACCGUCGCCGGGUUUGUCGACGACCUCAAGAACCGCGACAUCGCAAUCUCAGACCUCCACAGUGUUGAGAUUGUGGGCGGGUCGUCUCGCAUCCCACUCGUGAAGCAGAUCCUGAUGGAUACCUUUGGCGCCGCCCCUCACACCACGCUCAACGUCGACGAGGCCGUUGCCCGCGGCUGCGCGCUCAUGUCGGCCAUCAUGUCCCCCAUGUUCCGCGUGCGCGACUUCAAGCUGGACGACGCGACGCCGUACGCCGUGAACCUCUCGUGGCAGUCGACCAACCCCGAGGAGGAGGAGGGCCAGAGCCAGAGCGAGAUCUUCUCCGCCAACGGCAUGGCCAACGUCACGAAGCUGCUGACAUUCUACCGCCAGGAGGACUUUGAGUUUACGGCGACGUACGCCAACCCGGAGCGCGUGCCCGACCAGCCGAAGCAGAUUGGCAACUUCAAGAUCCAGGGCGUCAAGCCAAGCUACGACGGCGAAAAGCAGAAGGUCAAGGUCGAGGUGCAAAUGGACCUGAACGGGUGCCUGAACGUGCGCUCGGCGACAAUGCUGGAGAAGGUGCCGCCCGCAGAGGACGCUGCAGAGACGCCAAAGACCCCGGCAAGUGACAACACUAUGGACACGACGGAGGACAAGGCGAAGGACGACGAGUCCUCUGAGGAGCCCGCGGCGAAGAAGCCCGAGCUGGAGAGCGAAGGCGACGACGCAAACAAGGCGAGCGGCAACGACAAGAAGAAGAAGAAGGGCGGUGACAAGAAGAAGGACGACAAGAAGAAGGAUGACAAGAAGGACGAGAAGGCCGAGGAGAAGAAGGAUGAGAAGAAGAAGAAGAAGGUCAAGAAGGUCAAGCUGACAGUUGUCACGUGGAAGCCCUGCCUCAAGAUGCAGUCCGAGAUCAACGACCUCGUCGAGUUUGAGGCGAAGAUGAAGGUGCAGGAUCUGCACGAGAAGGAGAAGAACGACGCGCGCAACGCGCUUGAGGAGUACAUCUACGAGAUGCGCGACAAGCUGUCGUCGGUCUACGACGGGUUUAUGACGCAGAACGACCACGACGAGUUCCGCUCCCGCCUCUCCCAGAUGGAGGACUGGCUGUACGAGGAAGGCGAGGACCAGCCAAAGACGGUGUACAUUGAGAAGCUUCAGGGCCUGCAGGCGACGGGCAACGAGGUCAAGGCGCGUGCGCAGGACUGGGAGACGCGCCCCAGGGCCGAAGAGAAGCUGAGGGAGACCAUUGUCCACUUCCGCAAGUUUGUUGACGAGCACGCUGCGGGCGAGGAGAAGUAUGCUCACAUUGCCGCGGAGCAGGUGAAGAAGGUUGCGGACGCCGUAGCCGAGACGGAGGAGUGGCUCAACACCAAGUCCGCCGAGCAGGCCAAGCUGCCCAAGUCGACACCGCCUGUGCUGACGACCAAGGACCUCGAUGCCAAGCGCAGCGAGCUUGAGCGCACGUGCAACCCAAUCAUGUCCACGCCCAAGCCCAAGGUGGAGCCGCCAAAGGAGGAGGAGAAGAAGGCCGAGCAGCCCGAGGGCGAUGCCCAGGACAAGAAGGCUGAGGGCGAGGAGGCCGACGCUGCCGCCGCCAAGGAGGGCGACAACAAGCAGGAAGGCAGCGAGGAGCCCGCAAAGGGCGACAACGUCAUGGACACUGACUGAGCAGCACAUGAACUUGUGGUGGCACCAAGUUGACCCCGUCACAGCCGUGCUGCCAUUCGUCUCCUCGUGUUGUGUGUUUGUCAUUCGCUGGCUGGUGUUGUGUGUGUUGUCCUGUGGUUUGUUUGGUUUGGGUUGCUUCUUUCUCUCGUUUGUUGCUCCCUGGGAGCGCUUAGUCAGUCCGAUCGAUCCUCCCGAGUAAAGUGUCAAGUGAACGGUGAAAUG